CCUGCGUACUGCGACCCUGCGCAGCCCGCGAGGCGGUCUCGGCUCCAGGGUUCCUUCCCUAGUGGCUUAUGUCCCUUGUCCGGGGUCAUGGAGACAUUGUGGCCACCGCGGCGGCGCCUCUGUCUGAAGAAGGAGAAGUGACCUCCGGCCUCCAAGCUCUGGCCGUGGGAGAUACCGGGGGCCCUGCGGCUUCGGCCAAUAAAGCCGAGGAAGAGGGGGAAAGAGCCCGGGAGGAGGCCGAGCGUGAGGGGUCUGGGACCGAGGAGGUGCAGGGCGAAGCCCCCUGCGCCGAGGGGGAAGAGCAUGCCGAGGGAGAAUCCGAGGACUGGUGCGUGCCCUGCAGUGAUGAGGAGGUGGAGCUGCCCGCGGACGGGCAGGCCUGGAUGCCGCCCCCCUCCGAAAUCCGGCGGCUCUACGAACUGCUGGCUGCGCAGGGCACCCUGGAGCUCCAGGCCGAGAUCCUGCCCCGCCGGCCACCCACGCCGGAGGCUCAGAGUGAGGAGGAGAGAUCCGACGAGGAGCCAGAGGCCAAAGAGGAGGAAGAGGAAAAACCGCAUAUGCCCACAGAAUUUGACUUUGAUGAUGAACCAAUGACACCAAAGGAUUCCCUGAUUGAUCGGAGACGCACCCCAGGAAGCUCAGCCCGGAGCCAGAAACGGGAAGCCCGCCUGGACAAAGUCCUCUCAGACAUGAAACGACACAAGAAGCUGGAGGAGCAGAUCCUUCGUACUGGCAGGGACCUGUUCAGCCUGGACUCAGAGGACCCCAGCCCCAACAGCCCCCCACUCCGGUCCUCUGGGAGUAGUCUCUUCCCCCGGCAGCGGAAAUACUGACUGGUGCUGCCUUAGCAGUGUGUGUACUGCUGGGCCUUGGUCUUCCUUCCCUAACCCUGAGUGCUGGGAGACUUAGGAAGAGGAAACUCCAAGCUCCUAACACAGCACCCUGCCACAAAGAGGGCACAUGUGUGUGUGUGUGUGUGUUUUCUGUUGAACAUCUGUUUAGAGAACUGGACUGAAAUUUAUGAAUCUAAAAUAAAAAAUACAGCCCUA